CAAUUUCGGAGGGCAUAUCAGUCUUUUAAAAUUUUGUAGCUCCCCAGCCCUAAUCUUCUGAAGUUCAGAGUCUCAGCCCUAAUCAACUCCACUCUACUCAGCUUUACCAAUCUCUCUUCCUCUUCCUCUCCGUCGCUCAAAAAGCACAGACAGAGAGAGUUAUUAUUAGCUUUGUAUUUGAAACCUCCGGAGACAUCCAGAUAUGGGGAGAGAAAUGAAUGGUGGUCCAAAGCCUUCGUCAUCAUCUUCCCCGUCCGACAUGUCGUACACGGUGGAGCAGCUCAUCGCCGUCAAUCCCUACAACCCUGAUAUCCUCCCCGAUCUCGAGAAUUUCGUCAACGAACAGGUUUCGACCCAGACGUACAAUUUGGAUGCUAACCUCUGCCUCCUGCGUCUUUAUCAGGUCAGUUCAACUUUGUUUUUUGUUUUCGUAUUGUAGUCUGUUGAAAUAUGUUAUUCUUGUGUGAGAUUUUUGUUGUUAGUCUUCUUGUGAAGGGUUUGUUGGGUUUAGCUCAUUGGAAAUAAUUAUUUGUUUAUGGAUUUACAGUUUGAGCCAGAGCGUAUGAGCACUCAGAUUGUUGCUCGCAUUUUGGUUAAGGCACUGAUGGCAAUGCCAGCUCCUGAUUUCAGCCUCUGUUUAUUCUUGAUUCCCGAGCGAGUGCAAAUGGAGGAACAGUUCAAGACACUAAUUGUGCUCUCCCACUACUUGGAGACUGCAAGAUUCCGCCAGUUCUGGGAUGAAGCAGCAAGGAGCCGGCAUUUAUUAGAAGUAGUUCCAGGUUUUGAGCAAGCAAUUCAAGCAUAUGCCAUACAUGUCCUGUCACUGACUUAUCGUACUCUGCCAAGGUCCAUCCUUGCUGAGGCCAUCAACACGGAGGGUCUAUCUUUGGACAAGUUUCUUGAGCACCAUGUAACAAACUCUGGCUGGGUUGUGGAGAAGAACCAGGGAAAGCAACUUAUCAUCCUUCCUAGCAAUGAGUUCAACAAUCCAGAGCUUAAGAAAAGUGCUUCAGAUGGCGUACCGUUGGAGCACAUUGCCCGUAUAUUCCCAAUUCUUGGCUGAGUUCUUGAGAGGAGGAUGUGCCAUUUCCGGUCACUAUCCUGAAGUGUUAGCAAAUGUUGUAGAACUAGUUUCACUAUGCGCUAUUUAUUGAAGCUUUUUUUCCCCCUAAGAGACACAUUGGCCUUUUACAAAUUUUGGUGAAGUGAGGUGAGUGGCUUAGCAUUCCCGGCCCUUGCUUCCUCUCUUUCUAUCUCAUACUUUCAUUGUGGACCAUCAGAUGUGAAAACAAAAUACUUGGUUUGUGAAACUAUUAUUCAGCCCCUGGUCAAGUGCGGUGCAUAACACUGGUAAAACUUUAUUCCAUAAAACUCUGGUUAUAGGCCCUUGUUUCCAAGUGAAAAUGAUGAUUGCUGCUUAAGGAGCCGCAUGUAGUUUGUUUAGUUCAAGGGAUUACAAAUGUCUUCAGCUUGAAGAAAUAAUACAGGUAUGCUAAGAUCUGAAGUCCCGAAGCAUUCAAGUCUGGAGGUGCGAGAUUCCACAUGAAGUCAAUUUUGUUUCGGAAAUUACAUGCAAGACUAACAAGGGAGAAAAGUAAAGUAACAGUCCGGACAUAUAGCUAUAAGAAAGAGGAUAAAGGUAGAAAGACUUAUUUGCACGAUCAUAAAUUUUAGUAAUUUUGUGAAACAUAUAAAACACAAAUCAAUGCCCUAAACUGAAACGAACGAGCUCCCAUUAAGCUGACAUAUUUACAGCACUGCAUUCUAUAGUGGCGAGAAAUUAGUUGAAGAGAAAAAUAACUACAAGAUGUCGUGGAGAUACAUCUCCAAAAGAAUCUUAAAACUAUUGAUAUGUCUAUUUACUCGUUUACACUAACGUAUCAUCAGGCUUCGAUCACAGUUUUCACGAUCGAAAGAAUGCGGCAAAUCAGGCAUGUUCCAGACAGGGAAUAGUAUCCAAACACUCCCCAUACCAGAAAGCGGAUUACUAAGCUGUCUGCCCUUCAAGUUCGAACAAUGGCCCCAACCAAAACUCCCACACUCUGCCAACCCC